AGAAAUUUGGUGUUUUGAGGAAUAGAGAGGGAUAAGGAAAGGAUACCCCUCUCCAUACUGCUAGCUCGAAAAACCAUAGCUUUUGAAGUAAAUUCUUCGUUGCUUUUAACUUGCGAGACUGACUUCUAAUUAUUCCUGCUCAUGUUUCUGGUGGACAAACAGACCGUGGAUCCAAAAGGCAUAUCCUGCUUCCCAGCUUAAAAUCGAGCGCACAAGGCGGAAUUAGUGUCUUGAGGAAGCAAUAGGGUUGGGUUGACUUAGUAAAAUGUUGAGCUGAAAUAUCAAUUUUCCUUUCUCAUCUUUAGAAUCGAAUGGCAUGAGUAUCAAUCUCAUAGUUAUUCUUCUCGGUAAAACCCUAGCAAAUCUCUGAUUCCUCGUUUCAAAUUUUAUUUUUAUUUCUGUAUUUUUUAUUUUCUUCUUUUUCCUGAUCUAUGGCGUUGAAAUCUGGUGGGAGAAAACUUUCGUUUGAUAUUCUUAGUGGAGAUGUUUUUAUGGAGGACGAGUUUGUACUGUACAGAUCACUUUCAGAUCCUGAAAAUGGAGAAACUCGAAAAAAACAUAAGAAGAAAAAGAAGAAGAAGAAAAAGAAUGUUAAUUUAACGGCAAUUGAUGAAGAUCUAAUUACUGAUAAGAUUGUCGAUGACCAUCGUCAUAAUGAAUUGGAAUCAGAUGAUCAGAGUUAUAAAGUUGAAACAAGUCUAAGUACGGUACAUCAAAUUCCAGAGCAGGAAUUUCAAAAUUUCAAUCAAGAUCUUCAACCAUUAGUUGAAUUGAGGCAGAGAACUGUCAAGUUGAAUGUGCCAAGUACUCAUUUAGAUGAGUUCUCAGCUAAGGAAGAAAAUGAUAAUAAUAAUAUCGUUGGAAUUGGAUUGAUUUCAUCAUCUGCUCAAAAAACCCAACUCAAUGGAGGCGUUGUUUCAAAAUUAGGUACCGCGGAAUCAUUGGAUUGGAAGCGUCUAAUUGCUGAAGAUCCAACUUAUCUUGCUUCUUUGGAGAAGUCACCCGUGAACUUCUUUGUUGGAGAGAUGCGGAGUGGAAAUACGUUGCGGAGCACAACUAUUCUAGGAAAUGACAAAGAGAGGGAGAGAGUUUAUGAUACUAUCUUUCGAUUGCCAUGGAGGUGCGAACUGCUCAUCAACGUGGGCUUCUUUGUUUGCUUUGAUUCGUUUUUGUCAUUGCUAACUAUUAUGCCAGCCAGAAUUCUGAUGACCUUUUGGACCUCACUGAGAACAAGGCAGUUCCAAAGACCAUCUGCAGCAGAUUUAUCAGACUGGAGCUGUUUAAUGGUAUUGAUCAGUGGAGUUGCUCUUUUACAACAAAUAGAUAUCAGCUUAAUAUAUCACAUGAUUCGGGGUCAAGGAACCAUCAAACUCUAUGUGGUGUACAAUGUGUUAGAGAUAUUUGACAAGCUCUGUCAAAAUUUUGGGGGAGAUAUUUUCCAAACUCUAUUCCGUUCAGCUCAAGGACUUGCAACUUCUUCAUCAGAAGACAUGUCAUGUUGCAUUUGGAGAUUUGUUUCUGAUCUAGCAUUAGCUGCUGUUUCAUCUAUAGUUCAUUCAUUUGUCUUGUUAGCCCAGGCAAUCACUUUGUCAACCUGUAUUGUCGCUCACAACAAUGCGCUGCUUGCUUUGCUGGUGUCAAACAACUUUGGGGAGAUAAAAAGCAAUGUGUUCAAACGGUUUAGCAAGGAAAACAUUCACAGUCUAGUAUACUAUGAUUCGGUGGAGAGGUUCCACAUUUCAUCUUUUCUCUUAUUUGUGCUGGCUCAAAAUAUUUUAGAGGCGGAGGGUGCGUGGUUUGGGAAUUUUGUGUUCAAUGCACUCCUGGUUUAUGUUUGUGAAAUGGUUAUUGAUAUCACCAAACAUUCGUUCGUAGCAAAAUUCAAUGAAAUAAAGCCCAUCACAUACUCCGAGUUUCUUGAAGACCUCUGCAAACAGACUCUGGACAUUCAGCCGGAAGACGGAAGGAAAAAACUGACUUUUAUUCCCUUGGCACCAGCAUGUGUGGUUAUCCGUGUACUUGCACCAGUAUAUGCAGCUCAUCUUCCUUACGGGCCUCUGCCAUGGCGACUAUUUUGGAUCCUGCUCUUGUUAGCAAUGACCUACGUAAUGCUGGCAAGUUUGAAGGUGAUGGUUGGCAUGGGUCUGCAGAAAUAUGCUACUUGGUAUAUUAAUAGGUGCAGAAAGAGAAAACACCACCUUCACUCAGACUAACUUACUAAGCGAAUUCAGGUAAAGAAAACGAUGGCGUCCGUCGGUUUGGCUAUUUUGCCUCACUUCGGUGAAUCAAUCUCUUAUCAUCUAGGGAUAUGACUCGGACUAGUUUUGUGAUGUAAACUUCGGUCAAGUGGUGAAGUGAGAAGCAGAUUCUGUUUUGUACCAGUUUCUGGAUGAGCAUGAGAGGCAUUUGAUUAUGUGGAUUUGGUCCUCAAUGGUGCCUUACUCCCAUGGGAAACAAGAGAAAGAAAACAAAAUGCUUAUAUGGAUGUCUCAUACAGGAGGUUAGUUUAUAAAUUUAUAAAUUAUAAUGUGUCAGAUAGUUGGUUGUCCCAGACAUGCGCCAGGCUCUUUCAAGCCUAGUUCACUCCAGGAUUCAUUGUCAUUACCUCGACAAAGAAGAAACUGAGAGAAAAAAACAGCUGGGAUGUUGAAAUGCAAAGGCUGAUUUUUGGGGAGUCCAAGGAGCUCACUCUCCUAACAGCUUAUCAAGGAAGAGUGAAACACAGGAUAAGUGAAACACUUUGGUUUAAUUGAUUAUCAAGAGUGAAACACUUUGGUUUAAUUGGUUAUCAAGAGUGAAACACUUUGGUUUGAUUAGUGAAGGCACAACUUACCAGACCUGAUUUUUUGCCAGCAAAAACUGUUUUCCCUCUUACAAUUUUGAAUUUAUAUCUUGAAUACAACAGUCUAAUACAAAAAUAUUCUAUUUUAACUUCC